AUGUCUGAUCAUCUUCCUCAAGAAUUGCUCGCGGAAGUUUUGUCAAGAUUGCCAGUUAAAUCACUCCUCAAAUGCAGAUGCGUUUCCAAGACCUGGUACUCUUUGAUCGCCGACCCUUCUUUCAUAGCCCAACAUCUCAAGAAAACCGCUGCAAGGAACAGUGGCCUACUUUUCUUUAGUUACAGCACCAGAGAACUUGUUUGGCCAUUUAAAGAAAAUGUGCGUUAUUUGCUGUACCCAGAUGAGUCUUUCCCUGCAAACCCUGUUGAAGAACUUGAUUGCCCAUUUAAAGGCAUAAAGCGUUUUGUUAAUAUAGUGGGUUCUUGCAAUGGGGUUUUUUGUCUAUCUGAUGAUGUUUAUGUGUAUUCGCAUUUUAUCUUUGAUGAGAUUCGGCCUUUUGUUGAGAUAUACAGUUUGAGAAGUAGGGGUUGGAGAAAGGUUAAAAAAGAUCUGAAAUAUUUCAUCACUGCGCGCUCAUCGUCUGCUUUUCUGAAUGGAGCUUGUCAUUGGGUUGCCACCAAGCGAGGCAAUGGGCCAGGUGUACGGGAUGUGAUUGUGUCGUUUUCUUUGGGAGAAGAGGUGUUUGGGGAAAUGGAGGUACCAGAUUGUUUGGUUAUGAAAUAUCACUUUAUGGAUGUUGCAGUUUUUGGUGGAUCACUUUUGCUGGUUGCUUCUUUUAAAUUGACAGGAGAAGGCUGUUUUACAGUUUGGAUGAUGAAAGAAUAUGGCAUUCCAGGAUCUUGGACCAAACUUUUCAAUAUUUCACAUUUGAAAUGGAUACGAAAGUUAGUUGCAUUUAGGCAAAGUGGUAAGGUUCUAUUGGCAAAAUCAUUUGGAGACCUAGUUUUCUAUGAUCCAAAGACAGAAGAAAUCUUUGAUACAAAAAUUUGGGGCAAUGCACAGUCCUUUUAUUUGGAUACUUUUGUGGAGAGUCUUGUUUUACUCGAUGAAACAAAUGAAUUUACUGAAGUGGAAGCUUCUGAGGAUAAUAGCACAAAUGAAAUCUUGGAGGAUGUUGCUUCUAGUUCUAAUUCACAGCUAGUAAUUGAUGAAGCAAUGAAGCAAAUGGUCUCUUGUGCUAGUUUCGACCAGAAGUAG